UGUAAGAAAAUCUUUAUGUUUAAAAACUGAUUCCGUUGAUUAUAUGCGCGAAAAUUGUGCGAGAACUUGUGGUUUUUGUGUUGUUGGAGAAGAAAAUGGAAUAAAUAAUGGAAAUGAAAGAUUGCCAGAAAAUAAUGGGAAGCCUGUAGUUGUUGAACGUCCUCUAUCACAACAUCGUUUAACAGUUCCUGAUUGUUCAGACAAAGUUGGGAAUUGCACAACAAAUGCCCACCUUUGUGGAAGUCCUGUUUAUGGAGAAUAUAUGAUUAAAUUUUGUACAAAAACUUGCUUAAAAUGUGAUAAAGCAAAAGUUAAUAAGAAGGAAAAAACAAAAAUAAUAAACGAAAUGUCUCCACAAAAUCCUCUUCAAGUUGUAAUUCAGCCAUUAGUGGAAAGUCAUGAAAAGGAUAAAAAAAGAAUUGAAAGAGAAUGUGAAGAUAAAAAUGAAAAAUGCCAACAAUGGAAAAAAGCUGGUUUAUGCAACAAAAUUGGACCCCCAAAAGAAGUUGAUUCUCUUAACUAUUAUUUAGAUGAUUCUCCACAACAAUAUAAUAAAAUCUGUCCAAAAUCUUGUGGAAUUUGUUUUUGA